AUGAAGAUCUUACCCUUCCUCUGUUUGUUCUCUCUAGCGUCUUCUUCUGCUUUUCCUACAGAUACAAAGAUGGAACAUGAAGAAAGCAGGCAGCUGGCUCAGGCAUAUUUAGGUCAGUUCUAUACACUUGAAACAGAAGGGAGCCAUCUUGUUCAAACCAAGAGAAAUGUCUCCUUAGAUGGAAAGCUCCGGGAAAUGCAAGCAUUUUUUGGAUUGACAGUGACUGGGAGACUUGACUCUAAGACCCUUGAGAUCAUGAAACAGCCCAGAUGUGGGAUGCCUGAUGUGGGUCAAUAUGGCUAUAUUUUACCUGGGUGGAGAAAACACAGCCUCACCUAUAGGAUAUUGAACUAUACUCCUGAUAUGGAAAAAACUGAUGUGGAGGAAGCCAUCCAAAAGGCUCUGGAAGUGUGGAGCAAGGUGACCCCACUAACAUUCACCAGGAUUUCCAAAGGCAUUGCUGACAUCAUGGUUGCUUUUAGGACCAAAGUCCAUGGUAAAUGCCCUCGCCAUUUUGAUGGUCCACUGGGAGUCCUGGGUCAUGCUUUCCCUCCAGGCUGGGGAAUUGGUGGAGACACCCACUUUGAUGAGGAUGAAAAUUGGACCAAAGAUUCAAGUGGAUUCAACUUGUUUCUUGUAGCUGCUCAUGAGUUUGGCCAUUCCCUGGGCCUCUCACAUUCCAAUGAUCCAAGUGCCUUGAUGUUCCCAAAUUAUGCUUUCAUUGAUCCCAGCAAAUCUCCCCUUUCUCAGGAUGAUAUCAAGGGCAUUCAGUCUAUCUACGGAUCCUCACCUAAGGUACCUGCUAAGCCAAAGAGACCCACUAUCCCCCAAGCUUGUGACCCUAAUUUGACUUUUGAUGCUGUUACCACCUUCCGCAGAGAAGUAAUGUUCUUUAAAGACAGGCAUUUGUGGAGAAUUUAUCAUGAAGUCUCAGAAAUUGAAUUUGAAUUAAUCUCUUCAUUUUGGCCAUCUCUACCAGAUGGUAUUCAAGCUGCAUAUGAAAAUGACAGGGAUGAAAUUCUGAUUUUUAAAGAUGGAAAUUUCUGGAUUAUCAGUUCAUAUACCAUUCUGCCAGGUUAUCCCAAGUCCAUCUACGACCUUGGCUUUCCGAGGCGCACAAAAAAAAUAGAUGCUGCUCUCUUUAAUAGGAACACAAGAAAAACCUAUUUCUUUGUUGAAGAUAAGUACUGGAGAUAUGAUGAAAUAAACCAAUACAUGGAAAGAGGUUACCCUAGAAGGAUAAAAGGACUAUUUCCAGGAAUUGAUCUCCCAGUUGAUGCUGCAUUCCAGUAUAAGAGAUUCUUCUAUUUCUUCAGUGGGACAAAACAAUUUGAGAUCAACCCUGAAACCAAGAAUAUUACUCGAGUUUUGAAGGCCAACACCUGGUUCAAGUGUCAAAAAGCAUUAAACUCAUCACCUUAUUAUGGUUUUAACCAGGAAAAAAAUUCAAAUUCAAAAUCAGUUCAAGUGAUUUCUCAACAGAGUUUUAUAUUCCUUAUUUACUCUAUCACUCAUCUGAUGACAGAAAUCUCCAGCUGA